CUCUCUCUCCGCUCCAUUUCUGCCAUAGUUGGUACCUUGCUUUCCAAACACCCCACUCUCUCUCUCUCUCUUGUUUCUCUCUCUAGUAACUAAUAAUCACACUAUACCAGCAAAAAAACAACAACAACCCUACAGUCAAUGCAAACGGCCAUCCAUUACUCCUCAAACAAGUAAAGAAGCCACAAACCCAAAACGCAGAAAAAUAAAUAAAUAAAGAAACAUAAUUUAAUGAUUAUAUUCAUUUCUUUGUUUCGCUUGCCCACUAAUUUUUAACCCCCCUUGUCUGUAGAACACAAUAAAAAUCGAAUCUUUAUCUCAGAUUUUAAUCCCCCAGAAAAAUAAAAUAAAAAAUGUGCAAUAGUAGCCCAUCGGCGGCGGAAGUUUCCGACGCCGUAAAUUUCGGAGAUUUCUACAAACGAGCGAAGCGCUUCCGGCUGUUCGAACCCUCCGUCGGUGUUCUCGGGGUGGCGGUUUGCGCCGUUAUUUUCUGCUUGUUUUUGCUGGAUUACAGAACUGCGACGAAAGGGCUGACGAGGUUUCCGUCGCAGAACGAGCGGCUUCUGUGGCUCCGAAUCGACGGCGACGGUGGUGGUGGCCGCGGCGGCGGUGGUGGUGAGGAGAGUAGUAGGAAGAAGAAAAAGAUUGAUUUUUUAUCGAGUGGUGAUGGGUGUGACGUGUUCGACGGUGAUUGGGUGUGGGAUGAGCGCUAUCCUUUGUACCAAUCGAAGGAUUGCCGGUUCUUGGAUGAAGGAUUCCGGUGCUCGGAAAAUGGCCGGCCGGAUUUUUUCUACGCCAAGUGGAGGUGGCAGCCCCGGAGUUGCAACUUGCCCAGAUUCGAUGCAAAAAUCAUGUUAGAGAAGCUACGAAACAAACGCAUCGUGUUCGCCGGAGACUCGAUCGGAAGAAACCAAUGGGAGUCUCUUCUCUGCAUGCUCUCCUCUGCAGUUCCUAACAAUGACUCGAUAUACGAAGUAAACGGAAACCCGAUCACAAAGCACAAAGGCUUCUUGAUUUUCAAAUUCAUCGAUUAUAAUUGCACCGUCGAGUACUAUCGGGCCCCGUUUCUCGUUCUUCAAAGCCGAGCCCCACCCAAUUCUCCGCCCAGGGUCAAAACGACAUUGAAAUUGGAUCAAAUGGAUUGGACUUCCUCCAAGUGGAAAGAUGCCGACGUGCUCGUUUUCAACACGGGGCAUUGGUGGAAUUACGAAAAGACUGUUAGAGGAGGAUGUUAUUUUCAAGAAGGUUCGAAUGUGGAGAUGGGUAUGAGUGUUGAUAGUGCGUACGAGAAAGCUCUAGGAACGGUUUUUGAAUGGAUAAAUCGAAAAGUAAAUACUACGAAAACGCAAGUUUUCUUUCGGACAUAUGCUCCCGUGCAUUUCAGGGGCGGUGAUUGGAGAUCGGGUGGAACAUGCCACUUGGAAACCCUACCGGAUCUCGGUUCGUCUCUCGUGCCAUCUCACACGUGGAAUAAAUACAACAUUUUUUCCCGAGUACUAUCUUCGCACUCGAAUUUAUCUGAUUCAAAAUCACUUGGAGUAUUGAAUAUAACUCAUAUGACUUCUAGAAGAAAAGACGGGCACUCGUCUUUGUACUACUUGGGCCCGAAAGUGGGGCCCGCUCCUCUUCACCGGCAGGACUGCAGCCAUUGGUGCUUGCCGGGUGUACCCGAUGCGUGGAACGAGCUUCUCUAUGCUCUCGUUUUGAAGCGUGAAAUUACUGGAAAAUCGAAUUCUUCGAGUUUUCAUGCACAAGUAUGAUUGGUUUUUGGAGGUGGUGUUAAUUGUGU